AUGCCACCAAAAGAAGACUGGGAAAAAUACAAGGCGCCUUUGGAAGACGAUGAUAAAAAGCCUGAUGAUGACAAGAUCGUACCCUUAACAGAAGGUGACAUCCAAGUCUUGAAAUCAUAUGGUGCUGCACCUUACGCAGCCAAAUUGAAAAAAACUGAGAAUGACUUAAAAGACAUUGAAGCAAGAAUCAAAGAGAAAGCCGGUGUCAAAGAAAGUGAUACAGGGUUAGCACCCUCCCAUCUAUGGGAUAUUAUGGGUGACAGGCAGAGAUUGGGUGAAGAGCACCCCUUACAAGUUGCUCGUUGCACGAAAAUCAUCAAGGGAAACGGCGAAAAUGAUGAUCCUACGACGGAUAAUACUAACAGCGGCAAUAGCAACAGUAAUAGCAAUCAACAGCCUGCUGAUGCAGAUGAAGACGAUGAAGACGCCAAGUACGUGAUAAACCUAAAACAAAUCGCCAAGUUUGUCGUUGGAUUAGGUGAACGUGUUUCUCCAACAGAUAUAGAGGAAGGUAUGCGUGUGGGUGUUGACAGAUCGAAAUAUAACAUUGAACUCCCAUUGCCUCCAAGGAUUGACCCAUCAGUUACCAUGAUGACUGUUGAAGAAAAGCCUGACGUUACAUAUAGCGAUGUCGGUGGCUGCAAAGACCAAAUCGAAAAACUGAGAGAAGUUGUCGAAUUGCCCUUACUAUCUCCAGAAAGAUUUGCUACUCUAGGUAUUGAUCCACCAAAGGGUAUCUUAUUAUAUGGCCCACCUGGUACUGGUAAGACACUAUGUGCUCGUGCUGUGGCUAAUAGAACUGAUGCAACCUUCAUUAGAGUCAUUGGGUCUGAACUAGUGCAAAAAUAUGUUGGUGAAGGUGCUCGUAUGGUAAGAGAAUUAUUUGAAAUGGCCCGUACCAAAAAAGCUUGCAUCAUAUUCUUCGAUGAAAUCGACGCUGUUGGUGGUGCUCGUUUUGAUGAUGGUGCUGGUGGUGAUAAUGAGGUUCAAAGAACUAUGUUAGAAUUAAUUACACAGUUAGACGGGUUUGAUCCUCGUGGUAACAUUAAAGUAAUGUUCGCCACCAAUAGGCCCAACACUUUAGACCCUGCUCUAUUGAGACCGGGUAGAAUUGACCGUAAAGUGGAGUUUUCAUUGCCUGACUUAGAAGGUCGCGCUAAUAUUUUCCGUAUCCACUCUAAGUCAAUGAGUGUGGAACGCGGUAUCAGAUGGGAACUUAUCUCGAGGCUGUGUCCAAACUCUACUGGUGCAGAAUUAAGAUCCGUUUGCACAGAAGCUGGUAUGUUUGCCAUUAGAGCAAGAAGAAAGGUGGCCACUGAAAAAGAUUUUCUAAAGGCUGUUGAUAAAGUUAUUAGCGGGUAUAAGAAGUUCAGUUCCACGUCGCGUUAUAUGCAAUACAAUUGA